CCUGCCAUGUACUGACACUUUUGUAAAAGUGGACAUGAGAACGAUUUCAUUUGAUAUUCCUCCUCAAGAGAUUCUGACCAAAGACUCAGUGACUGUCUGUGUCGAUGGAGUGGUUUUUUUCAGGGUUCAUUCUGCCAUCGCCUCAGUGGCAAAUGUAUCAGAUUCAGACCAGGCCAUACGCUUACUGGCUCAGACUACCCUGAGAAACGUCCUUGGAACAAAGAACCUGUCUCAGAUCUUAUCUGACAGAGAGGAGAUUGCACAUAACAUGCAGGCAACACUUGAUGAAGCCACAGACAAUUGGGGUAUAAAAGUGGAGCGUGUGGAGAUCAAGGAUGUCAAACUGCCUUUGCAGAUGCAGAGAGCUAUGGCAGCUGAGGCCGAAGCUACCAGAGAGUCUAGAGCCAAGGUUAUUGCAGCAGAAGGUGAGAUGAAUGCCUCCCGAGCCCUCAAGGAAGCCUCCUUAGUGAUAGCCGAGUCUCCAUCAGCUCUACAGCUGCGAUACCUCCAAACCCUGACCACCAUUGCCACUGAGAAGAACUCCACCAUUGUCUUUCCCCUGCCUAUUGACUUACUGCAAGGCUUUAUGUCAAAGGGGAAAUAACUGCUGUCUGUUUGUAACAAUUACCUGUCUUCAUUUCAAUAGGAUGGCACAGGUUUUAAUUGGACAUUAACUCUUUAUGUAAUGUUGUAAUCUACAAAUUAGGAACUAUUUAAGAUAAAUACAAAAUAAAUACGAACAAAAAAGUCAAUUUCUCCUUUCAGUAAAAAUGUGACAAAGUGAGAGACUUGGUUAUUAUUUUUAUUGAAAGACUACUAAAACUUCUGAUUUGAUCCUUUGGACAAACCACCAAAACAAAUUAACAAUUACAAAUAUAAGAAAUAGACAAAGCAAUAACAGUUUAUAUCAGUCCUCAAAUGUGCAUUACA